CAAGACAAACGAAAAUAAGAAAGAUGUAAAAGAGAUUGGCGAGAGAUAGAGAGGGACUCACAAAGGCACUGUUCAUAUCUUUUUGUUGAUCUUGAUCUUUACGGAAUUGAAGGCACCUAAAAUUCCCCCCGUCAAAGGCCUGACAGCGGGAAGACCCACAAACAAUUGCAGAGAGAGAAAGAGAGAGGGAGAAAGAUGGGGGAUUUUCUCAGUGGGUGGACGGCUACCGAGUCGUCCAUCCCAUGAGAAGACACCACCAUCACCAGCUGCAGCACCUCCACCACUAUGGUCACCGCAUUAGAUGGGUUUCUUCCUUCCGAAGAAGAUUCUAUGCUCUUGUAUGGUCCCCGUCUCCUGUAGCUACAAAUUCCCCACCACUUUCCUCUAACCUUCUCCCCCCAUCUUUUCUCCAACGCCGAAAGAAAGACAAAAGGGAAGAAAGAAAGAAGGAAAGAAGGGAAGGGAGAAGGUAGAUAGAAAGAAGAAGGAGAAGAAGAUUGAAAAGGGGAGGGGCAUCACUUAACCCUCUCCUCGUCUCGAUUCCCCCAGCCAAGAAAGGAUCCUUACUUUGCAAUACAUGUUGAUAUCUGGCCACCGAUUGCUUGGUUUCUGGUGAAAGGUUGGAUUGAUAAGCACUCCCAAUUUAGCGAUCGACCAGGGCGAGUUUCUCUCUCUGGUUCCUUUGGGGGCAGAGGGUGAGGCUGAUGUUAGUAGAGCAUGCCGACGCCGUUGAGCAGCGUACAGCAGUGCCUGACACCGGAAUCCGCCAAGGUACUGGACGAUGCCGUCGCCGUGGCUCGCCGUCGCAACCACGCCCAGACGACGUCUUUGCACGUCGUCUCGGCGUUGCUGGCGAUACCCUCUUCGGGCUUCCGAGAAGCGUGCAUCCGCUCCCGCUUUAUCUACUCGAACAACCGCCUCCACUCCCGCGCCCUGGAGCUCUGCUUCAGCGUGGCGCUCGACCGCCUGCCUUCCUCCCACGGUGCGGAUGACCCACCGAUCUCCAACUCCCUCAUGGCCGCCAUCAAGCGCGCCCAGGCUAUCCAACGCCGAUUCUCCGCGGACGUUGCCGCCGCCACCGCUGCUGCUGCAGCGGCGGCGGUCCAGAGCUACCAACAGCCCCUCUCCUCUGUCAAGGUGGAGUUGCAGCAGCUCAUCCUCUCCAUCCUCGACGACCCUAUCGUCAGCAGAGUGAUGGCCGAGGCCGGCUUCCGCAGCAACGACGUCAAGCUUUCGAUCGAGAGGCCCCAGCCCCCGCCCCGCUUCUUCCACCGACCGCCUCUCUUCCUUUGCAAUAUUGUCGACGAGCCUCGUUUCUCUCCCUUCACCUCUGCAACGGCGAUGUCGACGGCGUCAGCAGCGGCGACGACUCCGGAUGGCUUCAGCCAUUGCUCCGUCAAGCUCGCGGAUGUUCUGAUGGCAGACAAGAAAAGGAACCCUUUGUUACUCAGCAUGGUGGGCGGUUCCGGCGACGGGUUGGUCCGUGACUUUCUGGCUGCCGUCGAGAAGGGAGAGGUCCCCGAAGGAAUCAAGGGGAUGAAGGUCGCCUCCUUGGAGAAGGAAUUGGUCGCAAAGGAUACCGAUUCUCUCAAGACCAAACUGGGUGAUGUGCGCGACAUGGUGGAGGGAUGCUCAAGACCCGGUGUGCUCCUGAACCUCGGUGAUUUGAAGUGCUUCGUCGAUUGUCCUGCUUUCGCGUCGUCUUCGUUCCUCGUGUUCGUGGUCUCGGCGGUCGCGCAGCUAGUGGCUGCCUACCAAUCGGCUUCAAAGAGGCUUUGGUUGCUAGCCACGGCGACGUACGAGAUCUUUAUGCAAUGCCAGACAUGCUAUCCUUCCAUGGAAGAUGAUUGGGAUCUCCAUCCGCUCCCAAUUAGCUCUCUGAGACCGCCUCCCCGAUUGUUCCCCAAGUCCAGCUUGAUGGAGUCAUUUGUCCCAUUUGGUGGUUUAUUUGCAACUGCUUCUGAACUGAAAGCUCCAUUGACCACCAGUUAUGAGUCAAUGACCUCUUGGCCACAGUCUGAUAAGAAUGAGAUUGGCACCAUUUCCAGCAGAACUGCACCCUCAGCAGUUGACAAUGAUGGCGUCCCUCCCUGGCUGCAAGGAGCAAAAGUUGCAUGUCCCUCCACAGAGCCGAAAUCAACACUGGCCACAGAUGAUGAGAGUGUGUUGAAUGCUGAAGGAGAUGGUUUACAUAAGAAGGAAAGUGAAUCAUGUCGGCAGAUUCACGGUAGCUUUCUUUCACACGGUUUGGAUACUUAUCGCCGUGUAGGCUCAUCAUCGUCAGACUGUACACCUUUGUGCAACACUGACUUGGGAGUUCAAAGUCAAACCCAGUGGCUCGGUGCUUCCCUUGAAAAGCUUACUAAACAGAGCUGCUUAUUGCCGAUCCCAUCUACUCGUUCUGAUUCUGCGGCUAGUCAACAGCCUAGGCCACAGGGAACAGGAAGGAGCAUUGACCUGCUUCCAGAGAAGUACUUACCUGGAGAACAUCAUGAACUUCCAUCCUCCAGAACACCAGUUACAACGGAAUUAGCAUUGGGAACACUUUUUGGUCCUCGGGUGGUGGAAGAAAGGGAUCCUUUGAUGCAUAAAGGACACUUGAAGGAUCUCUCCAACUUUACACCUUUCAAGCUUGAUUUGACUACGGGAAGUCGACCUUAUCUGAGACAGCCUUCUUUCUUUCAUGGUAUAGAUGAUUUCAAUAGAGAGGCAAAUACACUGCACAGGUGCUCUCCUGUUGGAAAAUGUGGCAGUGAACUUCGGACAGGAAAUGUCAGUAGCUCUCUCGAUUCACCAGGCCGGAGAUCUGAUGAUUUGACUGCACAAUUUGAUACAAGCUAUUUUAAGACACUUUGCAAGGAUCUUAGUGAAAAAGUUGGGCGACAAAAGGAUGCUAUAUAUGAUAUCUCUACUACUAUAAUGGAACACAGAGUAGGCAAUGAACGGCGUCACCAAGGUGCAAGCUUAAGGGGGGAUAUAUGGCUCUGUUUUCUUGGUCUAGAUUGUGUUGGGAAGAAGAGGGUUGCUUCAGCGCUUGCAGAAACAUUAUUUGGUAGCACAAAGAACUUAAUUUCUAUAAAUCUGAGUUCCCAUGGUGUGGUUGCUGACUCAAAUUUGAUCUUUGGCCAUCAACAGAUUGAUGGAUAUGACAUAAGAUUCAGAGGGAAAACAACAGUGGAUUAUAUUGCGGAAGAAAUAUCAAAGAAGCCAUUAUCUGUUAUUUUCUUAGAGAACUUGGACAAGGCGGAUUUGUUGGUUCAAAGUAGUUUGUCUCGUGCAAUCAAAACAGGAAAAUUUUCAGAUUCGCGUGGAAAAGAAAUUGGGAUCAAUAACUCUAUAGUUGUCAUGACAGCAAAAGCAGCAAAAGGUCAAGAAUGCAUUUUUGGAGCUGAUGCAGGUAAAUACUCAGAAGAGAGGAUUCUAAAAGCCAAAGCUUGGCAAAUGCAUAUUUCAGUAGAGCAUGCAAAUGAUGAUUUAUGCGGUAAACAGGAAAUCCAUGUUUCAGGUCAUAUUAGCAAGCGUAGGGAUGUUUUUGGUGAAGAGAAUAAGCAUGGGGCCUUGAAGAUGACAAAGCGGCUGCAUAGACUUCCAAGUAUGUCAUUUGACUUGAAUAUUUCGCUGGAUGAGUCGGGAGAAAGCAGUCCAAUUCAUAGUGGCAAUGAUUCAAAUGAAACCAUUUCUGAGAAUGAAGAAGAAUGGAUGGACGAGUUUGUAGCCUCGGUACAUAAAAGUGUAGCAUUCAAGCCUUUCAACUUCGAUAAUCUUGCAGAUGAUAUACUGAAGCAAAUGACAAAAAGAUUUGAAAGUGUAUUGGGAACCACAGCUAGAUUGGAAAUUGAUCCCAGGGCCAUGGAUCAAAUACUUGCUGUUGUGUGGCUUGCAGAAAAAAGAUGUGCUUUUGAUGAUUGGGUUGAAUGUGUACUUGGCAAUGGAUUCCUUGAAGUUAAGAAGAAACAUGCCAUCUCAUCUGCAAUGGUUGUCAAACUUGUGGUUUGCCCAAACCAGUUUUUGGUGGAGCAGGCGCCUGGAGUCUGCCUUCCUGCUAAAGUCCUUCUCAAUUGAAAAUCUGGAAAUGUCUUGGCUUAUGUAAUUUGUUUAUAUAUAUAUAUAUAUAAUUCAGUUAUAGUUAUGCCACUCAUCUCAUAGCCACUAGUGUCCUGUCAAUCUCCUGAAGCUUUAAUCCGGUUUAACUUCGGGUAGCAGAUGGGUCCUCUCAUCUUUUCUCUGCUUUUCUAACCGUAUUCUGGGCCCAGCUUCAUCUGCUCAUCUCCGAUCUUGUCUUUGAGAGUGCCUACAUAAUCGCCGCCCACAUGUGCAUACUUUCUCCUAGCCCGUGAUUCCUCUCAAAUUGUGCUGCAGUUGCUGGACUUGAGACUUUGCUGUGCACAUUUCAAUAACUGCGCAGAAGUAUUUUGUCUCUCUAUUGGCUACCUUAACCUUUUUCUUCUUUUUCAAAAUUUCUAUGUAUAUGUAUGUGCAGUGUACUGUAUAAUGUUAUCAGUGUAAUAUUAUUCCUGUA